ACUCUGACAGGUGACAUAAGAGUCAGCUGAUGGUGAUGGCUGAGCAGAGAGCAGUGAGCAGCGACGCCGAGGGGCUGAUAACAUUACCGCCACUUCACCACUCUGCCAGCCUCUAGAGUGGCGAAAUACAUUAAUGCACACCUGAACAGAUACACCUGCUCAAGUUUCCCUGUAUUUUCCCCCUGUAAGACUGGCUGUUUUAGGAGAGUGAAGGUGAAGACUUGAGGCAGUGGGCUGGUGUACCUGACUGGAAGAUUUGCAGAAAUGAACAACAGCAAUCAGUGAAAUGAUGUCCAUUAGUACCAGUGAUUGUAGGUCAAUGUUGUGUGUUGGGCAUGUGUGUGUGGACUUGAUCAACCUGUGCUCUCACUACCCUGAAGAAGGUGCCAAGGUUGGUACCACCACUGCCAACAACAGGUGACUAUUGUGUUCAGGCCAUCCUUUAGUUUGGAGAGGUAAAGGAAACACAAGGAAUAGAUAAACUUCACAGUGUGUGAUCACUGAAUGAUUACUAAUAGCAAGUGAGCAGGUUAUGUACUAGCUUCUUUUUUAUAUGACUGUAUUGGCAACUUCUGGGAGUGACACAUCAGUCUUUUUAUCAGUUUAUCUCGCCAAAUAAGUGUACAAACUUGAGUGGAUUAGAAAUCUUUGGAAGACAGACAGAAGUGCAUCUUGAUGGUCAGGAUCAUGAGCGCACGUGAGAACAUCCUGUGCGUUGGUCUUUGUUGCCUCGACAUCGUAAGUCUGGUCUCUCACUUCCCAAAGGAGGACACCGACCAGAGAUGCCUGGAGCAGCGGUGGCAGCGUGGCGGUAAUGCCGCUAACAACAGCACUGUGCUGGGGCUGCUAGGGGCUAAGGCAGCAUUUUUAGGCACCAUUGCUGACUCCCACGAAAAGAGGUUCCUUCUUGAUGAUUUUGCCAAGUACGGUGUGAACACAGAGAAAGUAGUAGUGUGCAAAGGAUGUGAGUGCUCCACUUCCUUUGUCAUCCUAAGCCGUGCCAGUGCUUCCCGCACCAUCAUUCACUCCAACAAGAAUCUUCCAGAACUCUCUGUGGAUGACUUUGCACAAGUUGACCUCACUCCUUACCAGUGGAUCCAUUUUGAGGGUCGGAAUGUAGCCAAUGUGGCCCAGAUGAUUAAAUUGGUGCGAGAACAUAACAAAGGGCUUCCACAAGGUGAAUUCAUCACUACCUCUGUGGAGAUUGAAAAAGCCAAACCAGAACUGGAAGCACUUAUUCCUCUUGUUGAUGUGGUGUUUGUCUCCAAAGACUUUGCUGUCUUCAAGGGCUACUCUAACAUGGCAGAGACCCUUGAGGGGGUGAAGGCUAUGGCACACCCUGGGGCAGUGGUGGUGUGCCCUUGGGGAGAGGAAGGGGCCAGUGCUUGCCAGGGCAGUGAAGUGAUGGUAUGCAGUCCAGCUUUUCCCCCUGCUAAUGUGGUGGACACCCUUGGGGCUGGUGACACCUUCAAUGCUGCUACCAUCUUUGCCUUGGCACAUGGCAGUUCCCUAGAAGAUAGCAUCAGGUUUGGAUGUCGCAUUGCAGGUGCCAAGGUGGGAGUGAUAGGGUGGGAACCACUGCGGGGCCUUCUUGGAUCAGGUACACUGCUGCUCAAGAAGGAGGCUUCUCUGGCCACCUGAUACAGGGAAGUGGGAGGUGGGGGAUUGGCUGCAGGGAGUGUUGAGGGCGUGGUGUGUGCAGCAUGGGUGUAUCUUCUGGUACUGUUGUUGCUGUGGCAGGUUCUGUCUGAGGAUAGUCCCAGCUGGGGUCUGGAGACACCACCACAAUGAGGUGCUGCCACACAGGAAACACUUACUGGUGGCUUUGGACCAUCAUGUUAAUAUUGAUUAAUGUUUUGUAGUAUAUCUAUUAUUAAAAUAAGGAGCCUCCUGCAGUGUGCCUAGCACCAGCUGGUGGAGGAACCUGGUGCUGCAGUGGCUGCUACACUGGGCCACAAUUAAUGAGAUUCCCUAUAUCUGCACCACAGGGAACAUCUAUCAGGAAACAGUUUUUAUAUAUGCAGAAACAUGCCAUCAGUUUUCUCAUGGCAACCUGAAUAACUGUGUAAAUGGUAAAGAAAUUGAAUGUAUGAAAGAAAAUAAAUAAUUAAGAGUAA